AUGUCGGAGACGCCGACGACCUUCCUGAACUCGGAUCGACUCACUUUGAUCCAACAGGCCGCAAUUCGAAGCGGCACAGGAGCCCUUCAUGCCGCUGGGAUACCCCAAAAACAGUCGCCUUUCGAUGUUUCCCAAAUCUCCGGCGUUUCAAUCUCUCAUGUGGGUUUGGAAGGGGUCUUCAGGGUUUAGUGAAAUUCUGCGAAAAUUUGAAAUUUUUAGGGUGUUUGGUCUUCAUAAACGUUUGAUUGAAGCAUUUUGAGUAUGACUUUUUCAAAAAUUUAAAGAAGUUGAUUUAAAAAAGUCCAAACAUUAAGGAUUUUUUGAAUUUUGUCAUCUUUUUGUAGAAGUCUCCAUAAUGUGAACACUUUCAUAGAGGCUAUGUCUCGGAAAAAAAUUCGGACGCUUUCAUUUUUUUCAUAAGAUUUUUGGAGAUAUUUUUUUCAAAUUUUAUUGGAUUUUUCAGGGCUUUUGCUAGGAUUUUUUUCAAGGAUUUCUGAUUUUUUUCAGGGUUUCUGAAGCUUAUCUAGAAUAAUAGUGUUUUUUUCUAGAGUCCCUGUUAAGCGAAUUGUUUAUUUAUAACGUGUCUAUUUAUCAUGUUAGCUCUGAAAAAGAACUUCAGAUUUCGGAGCGAUUUUUCGAGAAUCCUCAAUUUUUAAAAGCCAAAUAAUUUUAUGAACCUUUUAUUGAAGUUUCUCUCGCUUUUCUAGAGACUUUUUUUCGUGAAACUCUGGCGAAUCUAUUUAUCAGAGGAGCUCCGAAUUUCUUCUUUUCAGAGUUUAGGAAGUUUUAAUGUUGGUGAGGUUGUAUAUUAAAGAAUAUAUAGGAUUUCUGAAUUUUCAAAAAAACAUUCUAUAGAAUUUUCCAGAAGAUGGGCGGUUUUAUAGAGGCUAUGUCUCGAGAGAAUUUCGAAGUUCCCAUUUUUUAUGAGAUUUUGUAGAUCGUUCUGGAAGUUUAGUGGAAUUUCAGGACUUUCGGUAGGAUUUUUCCAAGAAUCCUGAACCCUAGGGUUUUUAAAAUUUAUAGGCGGUUUUUGUUAGAACUUUCCAGAGGAUCUUACGAUUUUCUAGAAGUUCGAAGUCUGAUCUUUUUUGAAUUUAAAUGAUCAGAACUUCUCUAAACGCCUAUUGGAGACAUAGAAAAGUUUUUGAAUUUUUUUCAAAGAUUUGCGAAAUUAAAACUAACCUUUUUCUAAAACACACGGUUUACUUUUGAGAAACCUUCAAGUUCAAAAAUAAUUUUUUUGUUUUUUUGAAUAAAAUCUAAGUUUUUAGGGACUUUACCUUUGUCUAGAGGCUCGAAUUCUGAACAUUUUUUUGAAUUUCAAAUUAUCAAAACUUGUUCAAAAGGCUGACCAAGUUUUUUUAGAAACUUCCAGCGUUCCAAUAAAAAUUUUUUUAGUUGGCAGGACGUUCAUUUUUCGUACAUUUAUAUUUUUUUCCUAACGAAAGAGAAUAACGUAGCUCAUCUUACUGCUUUUAAUUUCCUUUAAAAUCUUUAUCCUGUCAUCAUAAAGUGCUGUGAUCGAUUUUUAAGUACAAUUAAGAAAAUUUUUCCGAAGAUGAACACGUUUCGAAAUUUCACAAACGUUGUCUUUGACUUGGAUUUCAACAAAUUGGUCUCGUUUCACGAAGAAAAUGGGCUUUCCAGAUCGAACGGCCGAAUCUCGACGGCAUCGCCUUUGUCAGCGAACUGAUCUGGCUUCAAAACGAAGCUUCCAGCCAUUACAUGCUCGACGCCGAGUUGUGGUUGAUCAAUAUAGUUUUCCCAAAGAGAUCGACGAGUUCAAUCGUUUCAGGACCAACGAGUUGUUGGCCCAUUGUCCCGAAAAGCUCAUGACCUUCUAUGCGAAUACCGUCGAUUAUGAGGAGGUAAUGAAGGGAGAAAAUUUGAUUUUGAGAAAUUUUGAAGAGAGUACUGAAAUUAGAGGUAUCUGGGGAAAGAGUGAGAUUCAUAGAAAAAAAGCGAAAAAUUUUUUUCAGUUUUGAAAAAUUGAUAUUUUUUUGGCCGUAGGUAGCUUUUAAAAGGAAAACUGAAAAUUAAAAAAAUUUUAGGACUGAAAAUAGGUUUAAUUUUUUUGAAGAUAGAAGCUUCUCGAUACAUUGCAGGGCCUUGAAAAAAAUGAUCCCCGAAAAAAAUAUUAGCCGUAAAAAAAUUUUAGCCGUAGAGAAAAUAGCUAUAGAAGAAGAGCCGAGAAAAAAAUAACUUCAAAAAAAUUAAGCUCCCAGAAAAAUUUAGGAACAAAAAAAUAAGACAAAUUAUUGAUGAGACGGAGAAAAUCCGGCCUUUCGUCUCAUUUUGGGCCUGUUAAGAUUGAAAAAAAAAAUCCCAGGUAAAUCUUUUUGCCGACAAGAUAGCUAUAAAAAGAGCCGAAAAAAAUAGCCUCGAAAAUUGAGCUCCCGAAAAAUUUAUGAGUGAAAGUAAGCCGGAAUAUUGAGAAGAUAGAAAAAACUGGGUUUCUAUCACUUUCUCAUAUUAAUAUGGCUCAAAAAACCUCAAUUCUCAAUGGAGCGCACUUGGAUCAUUUUCUGCGGCUAUUUUUUCUCACCGGCUGAAGAGAAUAUUUUUGAGCUUGAAAUGUUCCACUUCUCUUCAAUUUUGAGCUGGAAUUUCUUUUUUUGCUUUAAAAUGGGCUCUAGAUUUUUCUUUGCGCCUCAGUGCCACCAUUUCCGCAGAUCAAAACAUUUUCGAAAAUCAGCUGGAAAUUCUCGAAUUUUCGUUCAAAUACCAAAAAAAAAAAAGAACAAUUUUUCCAGAGAAACGACUCCGACGGACCUCUGAACAAGAAGUUCCAUCCGACCGGCUCCCAGUCGGCCGUCGAACGAUUCCGACAUUUGCAACAGAGCAAGUUUGCUGCAGCCCUGAUGCGAGACCGGGAUUUCAAUCGGGCGCGGUUUCUUCUGAAAAAGACCCGCGAACAUAUCGAUUCCGAUCGGUUCAUGUACUACCGCUGCAAGUUCUUGGCAAGCCUUUUUUUGGUUCUAGAAAUCAUUUGGAUGAGUUAGACAGCUUACUAGGGAACGUUUUUCACCCCCCGGUUGAACUUUUGCUGAAACUUCGCUCAAGUGAACUUUAGGCCCCCCUGAUUACAGAACAGAAAGAAAAUUUCUCGCAAUAGAUCUCGUUUUCGAGUUAGGACACUUCAAAUACCCGAAAUAGCGCUUUUUUGGCCUAUUUUGCGUAUUUUGCACACUUUGAGGCUCCAUAACUCGGAAACAAGAUCUAUUGCGAGAAAUUUUAUUUUCGUUCUGUAAUCAGGGGGUCCUAAAGUACACUUGAGCAAAGUUUCAGCAAAAGUUCAACCGGGGGGUAAAAAACGUUCCCUGGUUAGGAAAGGUAGAGUGAUCCCUAGAGGGCACUUGAAGUUCCCCUUAAGGGACCACUUUACCUCGUUUGAAGCUCACAAAAGUGGCCACUAUAGGGAAGCAGGCUAGUGGUCUUUUAGCUUUCAAAUCAUAACAAGAAGAUUUGAAGGCCCCUAUAAGGGCUAGUUGAGCUUUAGGGACUUAUGCAUCAGGUCUGAAACCCCUAUAGGGGCCACUUAAAUUCUACUCCUUCUAGGGUGAGCUAUUUUGUCCACUAUAGGGGCUUUUUUGUCAUUGAACCCUCUAGGGAAAACCUAUAAAUGUUUUGGGAAGCCAAAAGGCGCACUUGGAAUGGCUCGGACUGACCGGAAAAGUGGCGCCCGACUUGAAACGGCUUGCGCUCAAAGUAUUAGAGCUAUAGAUUAAACUUCUAGUUGAGCUUUAACUGAUUUAACUGCUUUAACUGAAUGGCCUUAAGCCAUUCCAAAUGCGGCCAAAACGGUUUUUAAACGGCUUUAGAAAUACCCUUUUUCAGGGCAUAAUGCAAGAUUAUCUAGAACUCGACGCUGAAAAUUUGGAGCGAAGAAUGAAAAAUAAAAAUGAUAAAGUUCAUUUUGCCGAACUCUACGAUGUAAGAUUGCUCCAACGAAAAUUCAUUAUUUUUCUCAGGAAAUGACGGUGGAAAAGUUGCGUGAGGAUCCCGACGUCUUUUUUGAAUAUUUGUCAGUUUGAAAAGAAGGAAAAAUACAGAAAUACUGAUUUUAGAAUAGGAUUGUUGGAAAUGGAGAUCGGACUGAAGCAGCAGGCCUACAAAACGAUGAAGUCUUGCGUUUUCAGAGAACCUCGGUUUAUUUUUAUUUUUUUGAAAAUGAGCUUAAAUAAGCUUUUUUAAACCUCAGAAAAAAUCACUUUUCAAUAUUUUUGUAGUGAAUCUGCUCUGUUGAAAAUAUUGGCUACUGUAGUUUAAAAUUAAUGAAAAUAACACCACUUUUAGAUGUAUUUUGACAGUUAAAGGCGAAAAUUUGCUUUUUUUAAGCGCUGCGAAGAGGCCCUUAAGUGAUCACUAGAGAGAAAAAAAGCUCCACUUGAGAGAUCACUUCAGAGAGAAAACAGCUCCAGUCGAGGGAACACUCCAGAAAGGCAAAAAAUUUCAUUAAAGCUACCACUUCGAUGUAUAGUUCUCUCUCACUUGAGUGAUCACUACAGAGAGGAAGUUCCACUUGAGUGACCGCUUAGAUUGCGAAUUCGCUCCCCUUAAGUGAUCGCUAGGUAGAAAAAGAUCUCCACUCUAGGGACCACUUAGAUGUAGAAAAAGCUCUUCCUUAAGUGAUCACUUGAGAGAAAAACUCCACUUGAGUGACCACUUAGAUGUGGAACUGGCUCUUCCUUAAGUGAUCACUAGAAAAAAAAAAUUUCACUGAAUUUCACAGGGCCACUUACAGUACCGCUCAAAAGUAUAUUAAGUUUUGGUUUUUUGAGGAUAUCUCAGCGAGUACUCAUCCGAUUUAUAUAUAACUUUCAGGGAUUAUGUAAAAUAUACUUUAAAAACAUAUACGGUAUAAACAUACUCAUGUCUGAAAACAUGAAAACAUAUGGCAACAUUAUUACUUUUAAAACAUUUAAUAAAAAUAAAUAAAAAUAAAAGCAUAAAAAACAAAAAAAAUUGAAUUCAAAAAAAAAUUCCUAAAACGCGUCGCAGUGACUGCGGACAUGUAUGUGUAUACCGUAUAUGUUUUAAAGUAUAUUUUACAUAAUCCCUGAAAGUUAUAUAUAAAUCGGAUGAGUACUCGCUGAGAUAUCCUCAAAAAACCAAAACUUAAUAUACUUUUGAGCGGUACUGUAGAUGUAGGAAUUGCCUUCCCUCAAGUGAUCACUAUGCAAAGGAAAGCUUAACUCGAAGGACCGCUUAGAUGUAGAACUGACUCUUCCUUAAGUGAUCACUUAAGAGAGAAAAGCUCCACUUGAGGAACCACUUAGAUUUCGAAUUCGCUCCCCUUAAGUGAUCACUUCAGAGAGAAAAGAGCUCCACUCGAGGGACCACUCCAGAAAGGGUAAAAAUUCCACUAAAGUUACCACUUUGAUGCGGAAUUCUCUCUUUCUUAAGUGAUCACUAGAGAGAAAAAAGCUCUACUCGAGGGACCACUUAGAUGUGGAACUAGCUCUUCCUUAAGUGAUCACUUCAGAGAGAAAAGAGCUCCACUCGAGGGACCACUCAAAUAUAGGCUUUGCUCUUCCUUAAGUAAUCACUAGAGAGGUCACUUAGAUAGAACUUUUUCACUCUUUAGUGAUCAUUUAAAGAGGCUCCGUAAGGUUUCUAGAGUUUAAUCUUCCUCUAUUCUCCCGCUCAUCCUACGUUUCAUACACAAUAUAUAUACUGACUAAACGAUUAAUCAGUUAUUCGGUGCAUUUCACUAGAGAGAAAUAUUAUACAGUCCUUUUGGUUGAAUUAUCAGUUUGUACUGCAAGAGUAUGACUUUCUCAAGGGGCCAUAAAAUGUAGAUUUUUGAAGGCUCUGGCCGGCUUGGGAAACGAUGGCGAAGCUGGUGGCGAGUAUUGAGGAAGCCGACAAAGUUGUCGUGGAACUGAAAGAUCGGUCUUUAUGGAUGGCUGACUGGUUCAUGGUUCUGGUCCUCCAGCGAUUUCAUCAGGUUUCGGGGGAAACUUUGAAAAAGGCGAAAAAUAGCCGCGCAAUGCUGAGAAUAGAUGCUCCAAGGCUAAACCAUGAUUUCAAUCAGAAAAAAAAUCGCACUAGACCACAGAGAUCAUUUUUUGAGGAAUCAAGAAGCUCCCACUUUUGUAUUAGCCUAGUAGGAAAAAUAGCCGCGAAGAGCUGGAUUUUUGUGCUCCAAGGCUAAUUUUCAAGUUUUUAAUUUUUGAAGGAUUCCUUUCGAUGAUUUUUGUUCUGCAGAUUUUUUGUUGGGCCUUGAGAAGUCGUUGAAAAAGCCUGGAAAAAAUAGCCGGUAGAGAAGGUGUUUGUUUGCUCCAAGGCUAACUUUUAAAAUAUAGAUAUUUUUUCGGAGAGCUUUAUUGAGGGAAAUUGCGUGGCUAACUUUCUCAAUAUUUUUUAGAGGAUAAACAGUAAUCAGUUUGAAUUUUUAUUAUUUCCCAUCAGUAAGAAGCCGAAAAAUCUGUAAUUUGCGAUCAUUUAGGACAUGUUGGCGAUAACGAAGGCUGAAGUGUUGGUGAAGCGGGGAAUGACCAACAUGCCGUUCAUUAUCGCCGAAAUCGCCGCUUGUUCCAAUCAUCGACACGGUAAUUUCUGAUUGGGCGGCAUUUGAAAUGGCUCAACGCGUUGCGGUCGCGUAGCGGUUCAAUGAAAGGAAGUUCAGUCAUUCCAAAUGCGGUAUUGGAAUCUUUUUCAAAACCAAUUAGAGUAGAAUAGUUGAGACUUGUAUAUGUAGACUGAAUCCAGUGACACUUGAAAAAGCUGUGGUCGCAUUUGGAAUGGCUCACCGCGUUGCGGUCGCGUAACGUUUAGAUGAAAAUGAGUCCAGUCGUCCCCAAUGCGGUAUUAGCAUCUAUUUUUAAAUCAAGUGGAGUAGAAGAGUCGAAACUUGCAUAAAGAGCCAGUUCAAUUUUAAUGAGCCGCUAGGCAACCGCAACGCGUCUAGCCAUUCCAAAUGCGGCUCAGAGAUAGAACGUGGAGUUUAAAAGAGUUUGUUGGUAGUUGUGCCUUGCGUAAGUGAACGGGUAUCAGUAAGAUUCGAAAAAACGGCUUUGAAUCAUUCCAAAUGCGGCCUCCUUUGGAAUGGCUCAAUGACGAUGUGUCUGAUCUUGCUGACCAUGGAACUUCUCGCAUGCUGAGCAGGUGUCUCAACGGGUGUACCCGUAUUAAACCCGUGUUUCUGAGGUUAUUUUAGUCUCAGUUGGGCUAAAACGGGGGAACAACGGGUGUAAGAAAAAUAGGUAACCCAGCUGGGCUAAAGCGGGGUCUCAGUUGGGCUAAAAAGUGCCAAAAGUUCUAUCAGCUGGGCUUAUACGGGUUUAAUACGGGGGCACCCGCGGAGACCCCGUGUUAGCACGGCGGGGUUACCCUGCUCAGCAUGCGAGUUUAUGUGAUUUACCGUGUUCCUUAUUUUUAAAGCCGCAUCGCACCGCAACGCCUCUAGCCAUUCCAAAUGCGGCCAUUUUUAAUUCUCAAUACUUCACCCCGUUAAUUUUUAAAGACCACGACCAGGCGAUCUCGAAUUUCGAGCAAAUCCGCGCCAUGGACCCUUAUCGAAUCAAGGGACUCCACUUGUUCAGCGAUUCUUUGUACAUUCGAGUUAGUUUUAAAUCGAAAAUCAACUAAUUAGUUAAUUAAGUCCGACAAAACGUCGUUAUCGAAAUUGGCUCUAGCUUUAUUUGAAACACAUCGUUUCCGGUGGGAAACUUGCUGUGUUGUUGGUGGGUUUCUAUCAAAUAUUGAUUGAUUAUAUUGCAAGUUUUAAGCCAAUUAUUACGCGGUCCGACGGGAGAAUGAACAGGCCAUCAAGUAUUUCCAGAGGGCUUUGAGGUGGGUUUGAAGAAAAAGGUAGAAUUAGAAGCAUUAGAAAUGAAGCGAACGUGAGAAAAACGAGCUUGGAAAAAAUAGCCGCGGUCUUUUUAGCAUGUGCGCUCCACGGAUAAAAAUAGGAGUUUUCAUUUUUGAGCUUUUUUGUGAAAAUUUUAUUUUUUCAUUUUCUGAAUGGGUAUUUUCAUUCAUUUUAUCGAAUUUCAAAGAAAAUGAACAGGUCAUAAAGUAUUUCCAGAGGGCUUUGAGAUGGGUUUGAAAAAAAAGUAGCAUUAGAAGCAUUAGAAGCAAACGUGAGAAAAAAGCGAGCUUGGAAAAAUUAGCCGCGGUCUUCUCAGCAUGUGCGCUCCACGGAUAAAAAAACUAUAAAUUUUUCAAGUUUUGUAAAAAUUUUAUUUUUCUUAUUUUUAGUGGGUAUUUUUUUGUUGCCUUUCAAAAAAACUUGAUAAAAAAAUGAGGAAAAAAAGUAGAAAAAUUGAGCUGAGAAAAAAACGCCUGUUAUUUGGGAUGUGCGCUUCACGGAUAAAAAAAUAGCGAUUUGUAGUUUUUACAUUUUUAAAUUUUUCGGGGUUAAGUGCGCUCUAAUGAUAAUGAUCAAAACUAAUUUGUUAUCGAUCGGAAACUUCAGGCGCUUGAAUCAUUGUAACUUUUUAAUUUUUAGUUAAAAAGGGACCUAUUCUGAAUUUUUAUAACGUAAAAUCUCUCGCUCUUUAUUCCCGGUUGUUCGCGACUUGAAGUUUCUGUUUUUCCUCUGCGCCCUCCUCGUCUCUCGGCGACUCUUUCAUUUUACCGCGCCUUUUUCAUAUUUUUCUGGCCUUUUCGGAGAGAGAACAGAGAGACGCAGACAGGCAGAAAGUGUAAAGUCGCGGCGAAUGAACUAUAACCCAAUAAACUGAACAAAAUCAACAGAUUGAACCCUGGAGUCGCUUCGAUUUGGGUACUAAUUGGUCACGAAUUCAUGGAGAUCAAGAACAACUCGGCCGCCUGUGUCGCCUAUCGAAAAGCCAUCGGUUCCCUUGACCCUCCACGAAAUCUGUAAAAUACGGACGCUUUUUCCAGAGGUCGACCCGGCGGACUAUCGUGGCUGGUACGGUCUCGGACAGCUCUACGACAUUUUGAAAAUGCCCAGCUAUUCCCUGUACUACUAUCAACAGGCCCAGAAGUGCAAGUGAGUUGGAAAAUUGAGGGUUUGUAGCGUUUUUUUAAACAAGAGUGAGAUUGAAGCAAAGCAUUUGGCGAGUACAAAAUAAGUUUGAAAGUGGAAUAUUCUGGAGCUUUUCGUGAAAUUUUCAAAUUGAAAUGGACAUAGUUACUCAUGAAAAAAAUGUAAGAAAAUAGUUAUUAAUUUUUGAAGAAAAUCAAUAAAUCAAAAAAAUGACUAGUUUUUUUAGGGUAAAUCAGGGCUAAUGGUCUCUAGGAAUUUUUUUGAAUAUUUUUUUGAAAUUGCACAAAAAAAUUUUUGUUUUUUUCUUUCCGCAACUUUGAAAAAGGAAGGAUGAAAGUUAAUAUUUCGAUCAAAAAAAUUGAGUUUUUAAGGUUAAUCAGGGCUAAUGGUCUUUAAAAAUGAAUUUUUUUGAAUAUUUUUUUGAAAUCGCACAAAAAAAUUUGGUUUUUUCUCCCAACGUUGCGUCGAACACAUGAAAAAAAGGAAGGAUGAAAGUUGAAAUUUAAAAAAAUCAAUAAGUCGAUAAAACAUUGAGUUUUAGGGUUAAUCGAGGCUAAGGGUCUCUAAAAAAUGAAUUUUGAAACUUUUUGUCGCAUUUUCGAAUUUUUCCUUGCAAUUUCACAGAAUUUCGUUUUUUUCCUUCCCCAUCUUCUUCUUCUUCUUCUUCUUCUCCCUACGCCUUUGUACCGCUUGAGCGGCGUCGGCGCCCCAAGUCGAUUAGCCGAGGUCCUAUCCUGAUGAUAAUCAGUGGACUGGCUCCAGUGACAUAUCCGUCCUUGUGUGUGACGGCUGGGGAUUAUGAAGUCGUGGUUUCCCACUACCAACAUUUCUUAAACCCCUUGGUUGGGUCAGGGCGAGGAUCGAACUUGUGACCCUGUGGACCGUAGACAGGCACACAACCUGUUGCGCUACGGCGCGCCCUUUUUUCUUCCCCAUCUUUGCGGCAAAUACAUAAAAAUGAAGGAGGAAAGUUGAAGUUUUUGAAAAAAUCCAUGAAUCGAUGAAUCGAGGCAUUUGGCGAGAAGAAAAUCAGUUUUGAACUGUCAUUUUCAGAGUUUUUUGGAUAAUCGAUACGUCCUUAAAACCUGCACAAUAAUACUGUCUCAUUCGUACUUUUCCGAAUCUUAUUCUGACCAUGAAACGUGGAAUGACGAGGAAAUGAAACGUUAGAACACAUCAUUUUAAACAAAUUCUUCACAUUUAUUUAUUUGAAAGAUAAUUGAGUUGAAAUACGGUCAAUCACUAAACUUUAUUGCUCCAGGAGAUGGGCGGGACUUCUAAGAUUUAAAAACAACGGUGGGAACGUUAGUUUUUAAGCCUGGGGGACAACUAAAAAUAACUGGAACAAUUUUUUUUAGUGGCCACUGUAGAGGCUCGCCAAGGAAUACUUGGAGAGGACACUAAAGGGGCCACUAUUUUCCGUUUUAGUGGCCACUUCAGUAGUUUUUAAUCUAGUUUUCUUUCCAGUAACUCUGAUAAUUUCAAAACAAACAGAUUGGACCAGUUAUGUUGAUCCAUUGACCCCUAAAUUGGCCACUAAAAUUUUAGUGGUCUAGUAGUAGCACUUAGACCUCUAUAGUGGCCACUAAUUUUUAAUUCCUUAAGUGGCCACCUAUUUGACUACUAUAGUCGCCAUUUAAAAUUUUCUCACUUGUUGCAAAAAAAAAGACGGGAUUUGAAAGUAGUGUAAUAAAUUAAUUUUAAGUUGAAGCUGACACAAAAAAAUUUUUAGUCACCAGAAUAGAUUUGUCAGUCACUAACGUAAGUUUUUUUAGUCACUAAAAAAAUAGAUUUUUUUGAAAACUUCAUGUGGUCUUUUUAUUCAAUUUUUCAGUCAUUGAACUGAAUUUUUUUAGUCUAUAAAAGACUUUUUUUAGUCCCUAAAACGAACUAUACCAAAAAUUCAUGAUUAUUUUCUGAAAAAACUAUUUCCAGACCUCACGAUUCUCGAAUGUUGGUGGCGCUUGGUGAGGUCUACUCAAAAGUCAACCGGAUUUACGACGCCGAGAAAUGUUUCUCGGGAGCCUAUCUUUUUGGAGAUAUCGAAGGCGGAGCCCUCUGGCAACUUGCCAAGUAAUUAUUCCCUUAUUAGCUCGAGAAAAAAAUCAUCUUUUCAGGCUUUAUGAGAACAUUAGCGACGACGAAAAGGCGGCCCAAACCUUCGAAGUCUACCUGGUCACUUACGAUCGUCUUACGGUAGAAUAUCAGAUUUCUAGGAUCUAAUUCAAAUUUUUUUUCCUUCAGAACAUGGAGGAAAAUGUGGUCUAUGCGGUGGCGUUCCUGGCAAAUCACUAUUAUCGGAAGAAAAACUGGGAGAAGGCGAUGGAUUAUGCGAAUCGGUGCUUGGAACACGACUCGGUAAGCCCUUCAGGGGACCCUUGGGGGUUGGAAAGUACUUGAGGGAUCACUUGGAAAUAAAAAAAUUGCUCUAGGGAUCACUUAGGAUUUUGAAAGAACUCCAGAAGGGCUGUAUUAUUAUAGGGACUUUUUUAGUUCUGAAAUGAUAGGCUUCCUGAUCCUUUAAGAGACCACUUGGAACACGACUCGGUAAGCCCUUUAGGGGUCUUUUGGUUACUGAAAAGUGCAAUUUUCUUUUAAAUUUUCGCUCAAGGGACCACUUGGAAAAAUGAGAGGGGCUUAAAAAUCGACGUUACUUCUGUAGCGGCUCCUUCAGUUUCGAUAAAGUGAAUGAGAAGGAAUUUCCCUUCAGGGAUCACUUGGAAUUUCGGAACUGUUGAUAAAAUUUAAAAGUCAGAGGCUCAUUUUCUCGUAAUUUUAGCAUUUUUUUCAAAUUUGCACUCAAGGGCUCACUUAGAAGAACUCUGAAGAAUAGCUUUAGGAUUGUGAAAUUUAAUUCACUUCUACAAUUACUAAGUAGUCAUAUAAAUCAGGAGGAAAUUUUUCUUUAGAGGUCACUCGGAGUAUCGUAAAACUUGAGAAUUUUAAUUGAAUUCCGCAAAUUUGCGAGUUAAAAAAGAGCGCUCCCCUUUAGAGGACACUUAAAAAUUCGUGAAAUUUGAAAAAUCGAUUUUUUUUUGUUGACUUUUUCAGUUUAGAAUAAGAGCGUUUAACUCGUUUCUCAGAGACUACAGUGUUGUUUGCAUAAGCUGAGCAAUUCAUUCAGAUCUGCCAAGAAGGAAAUCGACUUUUCCGCGAGAUCGGCAAGGCUCAAGACGCGGAGAUGGCUCUCAUGAACAAGGAUUCCGGAGAAUCUGGAAAUACGCCGUUCGUUUUUGUUCUUUUUCUGGAAAGGAAUCGAACCAGGGAGUGAUUUUCUUAGAUUGGAAACUCUUAACCACUUGACUAUCACAACUUUCAUGGAUUUUUGAGCUUUUCAUUUGUGGGAUCGGGCUUGAAAAUAUGUUUAUUUAAAAAUGACAAAAAUCCAAGCAGCGUGGAUAGGAGUCGAACCUGAGACCCAUUUUGUAGGAAGCAAGGUGUUUUAGCCACUUGAUCAUCGUAGAAAUAAAAUCAUUUUCUGCUCUAGACUCAAUCUGAAGGCUUUUAGGUCCAAGUAAAGUUUGAGAGUUUGACUAAGAAAAUUGCAAAAAUGGAAAACUGUGGACCGGGAUUGAACCUGGGACCCUUUUCUCGGAGACAGGCCGCUUAGCCGCUCGACUAAGAAACUUGAGCUUUUUUUGCUUUUCUUGACCCUCUGCUGGACAUGAUCCUCUAUUUUGCGAACCUAAAUUGCAUAAAUUGGAAGAUUACGCGCUUGGUCAAGCGGCUAAACCCUUUGAAUUCCAUGAAAUGAGUCUCUGGUUCGGUUCCCAUCCCCGUUUUUUGUUUUUUUGUUUUUUCUUUUGCUGACUUAACUUUGAAACGUUAAGGAUGUUUUUCUCGAUUUUCUCAUUAUCUCCCAACAUUAUCUUGUUAAUUUUCCUUUUUAUUUUUUUUCAGAAUCGACGACGAAAUGGCCGUGGCGUCGGACAACGACGAGGAAGUGUCCUUUUGA